UGUUGCUGUUUCACGGUCAGAGCUGUGGAUCUCGGGGCUCUGCUGCAUAUUUCAGAACACGACAGACACCAAAACGCAGACUUUUGAUGUCUGGUUUGCACACGGACACUGAGCGGAGCGAAUUAUUCCCCAUAAGCCUUCUCACAGCUCUCGGGGCCAUGAUUCCUGACUACGUGUUGGUGAGCGGACACCAUGCGUUCAGCUCAGGCAGGGAUGCGCCACCCCCAGUCCUCAUCUAAACAUGCCUUCCCAUUCCCCCCGCAACCACCCUCCAACUCACGCCUUGCCCGUGUGACCACAGCCACUCCGGCCAAACGAAUCACCUUCUACAGAAGCGGUGACAACCAGUUUGGGGGCGUGAGGAUGGCCAUCCACAAACGAAGCUUCAAAUGCUUCGAUGCCCUGCUGGAUGACCUUUCUCAAAAGGUGCCACUGCCUUUUGGUGUGCGGACUGUGACCACCCCCCAUGGCACUCAUACCAUCAAACACCUGGAACAGCUGCAGGAUGGCGGCUGCUACCUCUGCUCUGACCAACGCCAGGCUAAGCCAAUCAACCUGGAGCUAACCAGCAAAGGCUCAAGUUGGUACCGUCACAGCCGGAGGCUGCAGCAGACCCAAACCACUCCACAUACACCACCGGGCCAUUUACCGUACAGGCAGCGCCGAAUCCUGCUCAUCAAGAACAGCAAGCCGGGACUGAGGAGGACCAUAGUCCUCAGCAGGAAGUCGUCCAGGAGCCUGAUGACGUUUAUUGAUGAAGUGUCCAGCGUGAUGCAGUUUCGUGUCCAAAAGCUCUACACUGCGGAGGGACGCAGGAUUGACAGCAUACCAAGCCUAAUGAUGUGUCCUGGAGUCCUGGUCUGUGUUGGACGAGAGACUUUCAGUCCAUUCCUGGUCAACUUCAUAAAGAAGAAUUCUGAAGAUAAGCUGCCUGGUCUGCCUAACAAGUCCCAUGGUCUUGGCCCCAGGACCCCUGGAAACGGUGCCCGAUCGCCUGCCACCCAACGAGUAAGGUCACUCCCUCAUGGAACUCAGUCCAAAGCCAGCGAGUACAGCGAAGGACUUGAUGGCAAGAAAAGUGUUAACUUUGGUCUAGAAACCAAGAAGAGCAUCAUUCACCCUCGCACUAAUUCCUCAAGCCGUUCCACCCGGUUGUCUUUGUCUUCAGAGAAGUCUUGCGGUAACGGCUCCAGCACCCACUCCCACCCCCGACCAGCUAUCAUGAACGAUGACAUUGAAAAGCGCGUGCUGGUCAAUCAAGAUGGCAGCCUCUCAGUAGAGAUGAGAGUACGCUUUCGCAUCCAAAACGAAGAGACACUACAAUGGAGCACACUGAUUAAAAAAUCUCCAUCACUUCUGCAGCAGAGCCAGUCAGAGAGCUGGUCCGACCCUGAUUCCACCUCCUUUGACACAGAAGGUGCAGAUUAUUCCAACCUGCCUCUGCAACGUGGGUUGGAUUUGAACUACUGUCCUUGUUGCUACCAGAAAGAAGACCUGCAAUGCAACCUGUGGGAAAACCGUGCACACAGACAGAAGCAAUGUCCAAUCCCUCCGCUACAUACAUCUAGCCACACCCGCACCAUUAGGAGACAUACGCAUUCCUCUAGUUCUUCCUCAUCAUGUAAUUCCCAAGUAAGACUCUCCAACUAUGGAGGAAAACUAGAGCCACAGCAAGGCCAACUUGUGCAGAAAGAGAUGUGUGUAACACAGCAGGUUGAGCACAGAGUGGAGAUGGAACAGGAUGGAGACACUCAUGUAGAGGUGUGCAAGGUGAGUCGGUCCUGCAGUCGCAGCGAAGUACUCACCAUGGACAACAAUCUACAGACCAACAGCAGGAAGUCGGUUUCAGAUGAUCAAAUGAUGGAGGAAGAGGAGGAGCGUGCACUAUCUGCAGCCAGUAGCUCCUCACAAAUACUGCAAGCACUAAAAGAAGACCAGGGUGAUGAAGAUGAACCUCAAGGGAUUCCCAACAGUGAUUCCUCACCAUCUGAAACAUUUGAUGUUCACCAUAAUGGCACGCCAACAGGCGUUGUCUCAGCUGCUUCAGUAGCUUCUACCAGACAGGAAAGAGAGGACAGGAACUCUACCUUAAUCCCGACUGUGCAGGCUGAUGUUGAUGCACAGAGGGGAAGCCCUACAGUAUCUGCAGUUUUGUCCUGUAACUGUAGAGCAGACACCACUGAAUCAACACCUGAAGCAGGUGAGCUCGAACAAGCAACUCGCUCCAAGUCCAAAAUAAGCACAGCCUCUUCCAAGGGUAUCAAAGCCAGAAUCCUAACCUCAGAGCAAGCGGACACAUUAGAUGACGGGGAUGAAGAACGGGCUGUUAGUGGCUUGUCUGGUCACACAGGAUUUUCUAAAGGAUCUAGGAAGUCACUGGCAUCCAGUGCUUGCCCAAAUUGUGGUGGACUGAAGCGCAGAAUCAAUGCUGACUUCAACAGUGCUGACUCACAUCGUUCCUACCAUGUUUCACCACAACCUGGCUCCCCUCUUUCAAAUCAAAACAAUACCACUGAUGACGUUGAACAUCAGAGGGCAACCAGUGGCAUGUCUGAUGGCUCAGAUGUUUCAGCUGUAUCAAGACAAUCAAAUAAGUCCAAUGGUUCGAUCCAUGGUUGUUUAUCUGAGAUAUCAAAUGGCUUGGAAGGCAAAGCAUCUGGUCCCAUAUCCAGAGCAUCUAAUCCUGAUGAAAACAAGGCACAGAGUGUCACCUCAAAUACAAGCCACAGGUCUGGCUAUCUUGGUUUCACACAUGAAAAAGAAGAGGUUAAAUGUCUCAGUGGCUUGUCAGUUCAAUCAAAAGCAUCUGAGUCCAGCUUGCGUGGGUCAACUGAUGCUUGUAAUAUCAGAACAGAGGGGGCAGAGGGAGCAAAUGCUGUAGAAAGGGUAGUCAGUUCCCUGUCAUUCAGAUCUGGCAGUUCAAUAAAGACCAGCACACCAAUGAAAUCUCAACGGUCUCACAAGUCCAGCACUUGUUCAAGUAUUGGGAUUGCUGCUCCAGAUGACAGUCUAACUGUUCAAGACCAUGGCCAAAGAGCUGCCAGUGUCCUUUCUGUUAAGUCCACCAAAGAAGAACAGAGAGAGGAAAAAAGACCUGAAAGUGUACUUUCUGUUAAAUCUGCACAAUCAGGUGUUUCAGCCAAAUCCAGAACAUCUUCCAAGUCUAACAGCAGUAUGAGAGAAGAAAUUGUAGAAGGAACAGGACAAGCAGAAGAAACCAAGGUGGAGGAAAGAACAAUCAGUUCAAUCUCAGACAAAUCAAAUAUGUCAGAGAAAUUGAGCAAAUCCCAUAAGAUCACCAAAGAAGCUGAAGGAAGUGGAGAAGAAAGGGCAGCAAGUGAAAUAUCUUCCAAAUCUCUGCCUACCUGUUAUGACAGUCUAUCAUCUGAACAUCAGAAGACAAAGGUGGCUGAGGAGAGUGAAAAAGGUGAGGAAGGAGAUACAGAGAAGAGAGCUGCCAGUGCUUUGUCAGGAAAAUUGGCUUUCUCACCACAGUCUCAUCACUGUAUGAGAGCACCCUCACCAGGCAAUGAUGAUACACAGUUGGACAAAGUGGCGGAUCGAGUCUCCAGCGCGAUGUCAGGCAGAUCAGGUACCUCUGUCAAGUCCCGGAAUUCAAACCGCUCUGCAAAUCCUCAAAAUCCAAAUGUUCCUUCUACUGAAGCAAGUGGAGAUCAGAUGCAAAGUGACCAACAGGAGCGAGUGGCCAGCGCCAUGUCUGUGAAGUCUCGUCUUUCAAGCAACAAUGUCAGUGCAGCGUCAACAAGUCCUGAUACAGCAGAUCGGGCCAGUAUUAAAACACUAGAGGUGGUUGAUGGGGAAGAAGAUCAGACAGCAGAAAUGGAACAAAGUGCUCCAUCAGCUAAAUCAGGAGAGUCAAAUAUUUCAAACAAGUCCAAUCAUAAUGAAACAAGAGGUGUUGUUGUAAUUGAGCCAGCAACUGCAGACGAAGAGAUAGUGGAAGAUGAUGCAUCUGGAAGUUCUUCUUGCAAAAAUAUAUCCAGCACAAAAGAAAAAGCAUCAAGUGACAAGGGUGCAGAGAGGUGUAAUAGUGCUUUGACUCAUUCUGGCCACACGCUGUCACCCAGGAGUUCACGGUCCCGUCUGUCCCUGCCACCCAAAGUUCAUGUUAUAUCUCCAAGCAGUCCUGAAUCUCCUGGUCAGCAAGGGUGCAGUUGCCCCGAUCUUGGAAAGACAAGAGGGACUGGUGCCUUGUCAGUUCACUCCACAGGUUCAACUAAAUCCAACAGGUCCAAAUGUUCUUCUGGUGGUAUUGCUGUUAUUGAAACACCAGAUAAAAGUAAAGAUCAAGAUCAAGAAAUAACAGAAAGAGAUGACUGUGCAUUGUCAUCUAACCACAGUUAUUCUGCUAAAAGCAAAAGGUCUCAUCAAUUGUCCUGUAACUGUGGUAUCAAAGUAAGUACUCCGAUGCCCAAUAGCACUUAUAAGGAGGAUCCUGCAAGAUCCAGCAAAACCAAAACACGGAAUGAUCUUGAAACAGAUAGUGCGAAAUCUGCUUCAAGUAGAAAAGAUAACCCAGACAAGACGAUGUCUAGUAUCCACUUAAAGAAUCCAAGCUGCCUCGGCAGCGAAUCAACAGUUUCAGUUCAGUCCAGUUCAAAAAUUAAAACUUCAAAGCAGAGUAAGGGAGAGUUUAAGUCAGACGACAGCUUGUUAAAACCCGCCAAAGGCCACAAGGCCAAUGCCAGCAUCCAAUCUGCAAAAAGAUCUAAUUCUCAAAAGAAACAAACGCAGUCCAAAUCCUCAAGUCCCCGUCCCAUACACAACUCCAACGCAAUUGAUGCAUCUAGCGACAGCACUCGGCCCCACUCACUUUCUGCUGCCGAGUUCCUGAAGGAAACCGCGUGUCCAAACAAUCACCAUUCAAACAGCAGCACCAAAAGCAGGACCAAAGAAGAUCAGGAGGAAUGGCUGGAACUGACACCUGCCUGUCUGCCCAACGCAUCCCCUAAUGAGGUCGUCAGUAACUGGCUGCAGAGUAUUCCUGCAAACAGCUGCAUGCUUACACUCGAUGACGAGCUAGCUGAGAGUGAAGAGCAGGAGAAGGAGGUGAAAGAGGAAGAUAGAGAAGAAGUAGCAAAAGAGAAGAGGGAUCCUGAAGGUGAGAAAGUCGAGGAAGAGGAAGUCGAGGAGAAAGGUCAGCUUGAAGAGGAUGAGAAAGAUGAGCAGAUUGAAUGCAAUGGAGCAGAGAAGGACCAAAGUUCAGAAGAAGCACCACCAGAUACACUGGACGUGUCACAUCCCACCAACCAUUUACUGAGCGAUGACUCUUUGCCAAAGAACUGGCAUUCAUCAGCAGCGGUGAUGAAGGUUCUUCUGGGUUCAUCUCUAGGUCGAUGCCGGAGCCUGCCUGAGGUGUCUCCAGUUUAUGGUCGUAGACUGAGCACCUCAGCCAAAGGUCUCUUGGACUGUUUGGCGCAACUUCAACUUAUUGCACCUGCAGUGAACCUCAGAUGUGACCGUCGGAAAGACUGUAACCAACACUAUGAGGAUAUUAUGGUCAUUCUUCAAUCCCUCUGGCUCACAGAACCAAAAGACAUCAAAGACAAGGAACCCGAGAACGUUGGCAAAGACCAGGUAACGCCACCGACGUCCUCAUCUGGUGUGGAUACAAGCAGUGGGUCUGGUAGGUCAGGGGAUGGCAGUAGAAAUAACGGAGAUGACACACCCCCUAAACAGACAACUUCUUUACUCAUGGACGAGGGAGCAGAGGUGCCUCAAGAUCAGACCGAUUUGAGCUUCACAGAGCCAAAUGUAAAGGAGAAAUCAUCACAGCAGUGCAGUACAGUCCUUCCUUCUCUGGACAGCCCCAAAGCUAUAGAGAACCCCUCCUGUUCAGACAGUAGUUCUACCAACAACUACUCCAAAUCACCCACCGACAAUGAGCAAGAGACACUUGAAGACAGUUCAGGCACACCCACAACUGUCCAGCAAGCAUCACUAUCCAAAAGAUUGUCUCAAGACCCUGACCCCGUGUGGAUUCUGCACCUGCUAAAGAAACUGGAGAAACAGUUCAUGGACCACUAUAUAAAUGCUAUGGCAGAAUUCAAAGUUCGCUGGGACUUGGAUGACAGCAUCAUCCUGGACAAGAUGAUCUCCGAGCUGAAAGAUGAGGUGAGUCGACGCAUUCAGACCAGCGUGGACCGCGAGAUGAAGAAGAUUCAGAGUCGAGCUGGGAGGUUGCCCAUGCCACCACAAAGAUUAAACCUCUCCAGGCAGUCCACCAUGAUGGAGAAGAGACGCCGGCUGUUCAAGAUUUUACUUCCUUUUCGUCCAGAUCAAGAGGUCCAGGUCAUGAAGAACCAGUCAGUGAAAACUGGUGAAUCCUUAAGCGAUGGGGAGUUGACCGAUGAGUUCAGUGAUCAGCGUAGCGACGAUGAGUUCUGUCCCUGCGAGGCGUGUGUGCGGAAGAAAAUGGCUGCCCGGCCUCUUAAAAAGAGACCGGGGGAAUGUGAAGCACCAGUGAUGAAAGAGUUUGACCUCCUAAAAAUACUUCAGUUGAAGAAAAACCUGCCUGGGUCUGCUGCUGUACCUCAGCCUGGACAAAGGGAUGACAACACUGAUGUUGUAGAUGAUGAGAGAACUUUAGAGACAGUGAAGGAGGAAGAGAAGGACAGUAAAACCAAAGACAUUAUUCAACCCAAUGGGGUACUGAAGGAGGGAAUCCCUGAAGAAUUUGAUGUGAAAGAGAAGGAGCUCGGAAAGAAAUUACAUGGACAUGAGACAUGUGAAAGAAUGACAGAAGAGAAGAAAAAUCAGGAACAAGAGGAGGCUGAGCCUGAGGAGGUGGUAGCAGCCCAAAAGGAGAAAGACAAGGAAGGUAGUAGUGAAGAAGCAAGGGGAGAGGAGACACCUGAAAAUAGAAAAGAUGAGACAGAAGAAGAUGCCGAAUGCCAGCGCCAGACAUCUGGGAACGAGGAGGAGAGUGAAACGACAGAGGAGGGAAACACAGUCGAGAAAAUAGAAGAGGAGCAGGGUGAGAAAAGCAGCAGCGAAGGAGAAAGAGGCGAUGACAGUGAAGAGAAAUCAAAAGACGGAGAGCCUACAGCGGACAGAGGACAGACAGACACUGAAGAAGAGGAAAGUGACAAGGAUGCAAUAAAAGAAGCAAGACGAGAUGAUGCAGAGACCACCGGAAAUGAAGAGAGUGAGCAGGAGGAGGUGAAUAAUGAGGAGGCUGAGGACUGUGUGGAGGAUGAAGAAAGAAGUUGUAGGGAACCUAAAGAUGAAAAAGAGGAUAACUGCACCGGAGCCAGCAGAGAAUCUUCACCAUCAGAACGACAUGUGGAAGUAGACUGCAGAACUUCAGAUAAUGAAGAUGAAGGCGGCAGCCGAGCCACAGAGAGUGAGUCACAAGAGGAUGAGAGCAGAAGUGAGGAGGCAUCAGAGGAGAACAGAGCCUUGGCACAGGGCCAGAAGGAGACUGAGGAAGAUGAGAGAGAUGCUGAAAACUCAGACACAGACACUGCAGACAAAUCAGCAUGUGAGGACGAUGAUGAGGAAAAAGGAGGAGGCAGAGAUGAAAACAAGGAGGAGGUUGUAGAAGAUACAGUUGAGGCGUUGGAGCAUGAGGAAGAAGGAGACAAUGUGGACACGGAUGUGAAGAGAAACAAAAGGGUCAGCAGCACCUUCUGCCAUCAGCACACCAGGACCUCUGUGGAGUCACAGCACGGCUCCUUGGAGGACACUCGCUGAGGAUCACAAUGAAUACUGGAGAAUCCUGGAGGAGCCACUCACUGCUCAGGAUCAGAACCAAAAGAUCUGGAGAAGAUUGAGACUCAUCUCAUACAAAAAAAAAAACAUGCCAAAGGCCUGAUGUUCACGUCAUUCAAUGUUUCUGCCCAAAAUACUGACUGCUCUCUGGUUUAUAACCAGGACUACAGCUCCCGUAAGUCUCCCCCUCCUUUCAUGAUGACAUGCACGGAACUGUGCAGCUUUAGGUACUGUGAAGACUGAAUACUUUUAGCACUUUAUUACUAGAGCUCAGUGUAGGAGGACUCAUACGGGGCGGAGCCACACAGUGAUUGACAGGCAAUGUCUCUGGAGUUUAGAAAGCUUAUCAUAUUUAAUUAUAUAAAGAUAUUUGAAAUGGUUCCUUAUAACUUUGAAAGCAAUUAUAUCCACCCACAGAUGUUUUUGUUUUCCUGCACCGUGUUGAUGAUUUUGCUUGUUUGCUUUUGCCUGCUCCUGUUCGCUCGAGGUCACCACAAUGAAUCCACUAUAGAUCCACAUCUUGUUUUGGAACAAGGUUUUUUUAUGUCAGAUACCCUUUCCAAUGCAACUGCACAUCUAUGAUGUGAUAAUAGCUAAUGUACAUGUUUGUUUUGUUACAUGUCUGAGAUGGUGGAAGGAAACCUGAGUACGGAGGAACUGGGUAUUGGUGGACUUGAACCCAGGAACUUCUUGCUGUGAGACAAGCUCUCACCAUACACAGUAUUCUGAACAUUUUUAACGGGUUUAUCGAAUUAUGUCCAUAAAUUUACCAAGAUGUUCCCUACUGUGUGACAGAGCCAGUUUGGCAGUACUUAGUUUGAAUUUUGUGUCCGUUUUUUCGGGGGGUUUUGUCUCAACAAGUCACAGCUGAGUUUUCAGGGGGCUGGAUAAUUAGAUAUGUUAAAAUAUUGAUGUUGAAAAUUUUUCUUCUGGAAAACAAUCUGUCUGUUACAGCUGCAAUAUUAUUCCAUUAUUGUUAAUAUUUUUGAAAAAUAAAUAAAGCCUAUAAAUGUAAAAUAAAAUUGAAAAUGUCCCA